GAAGAAUGAGGCGAGAUUGUCGACUAUAAAUACGGUAGAUUUUCCUGUUGAUCUUGUAGAAUUUUCUUUUUAAAGUUUUCUGAAUCAUAUAGAAAAGUUUUUUAUUUAACACAAUGGGUUUCGACGAUAUUCUUAAAAAGGGUGAACAAUUCGUUAAGGAUGGUAACAUCACUAGUGCUGAUGUUAAGGAUGCUUACCAAAACUACGAAAGCUCUGGUGGUGACGUUAAGAAGUUUGCCACUGAAACCUACGCUGAAUACAAGAUCAACCACUCUGGUGACAAGAAGUCCGACGAUAAGAAGGAUGAUGACAAGAAGAACUAAAGAGAGCUUUAAUAUAAGAUUGAUUUUGGUUUAAUUCAUGUUUUUAUCAUAUUUUCCUAUAUACCGUUCAUAACAAAAAUAUAAGUUUAUUAUUUUGC